AUGCUUGCCGUUCCUCGACAAUCCCUUCAUUCCGACUAUGCCCAUCACCGAAGAUACCGACUCUAUGCAUUAUUAAAACCUUGGCUGCCCUUAAUCGUAUACUUGUUGACUAGUCUUGGCUUCUUGUUGACCAUUGCGGUGUGGAAAGAGGAAGUUUUCAAGGGUUUGGAUGAUCUGUCCAGCUGGCUUAAGGCCGACGAGCGCUUCGGAUAUGCCGUCCUCUUCUUCCUCAUCUUCCUGACUACGUUUCCUCCUCUUCCUUUGUAUUCUACUCUUAUUAUCCUAUCAGGCUAUACCUUCGGACCUUGGACUGGUGCUCUCAUCUCAUAUUCGGCGGCCCUCGCAGGCGCCCUCGUCGUAUUCAUACUCUCGCGUUACCUCUUCCAUGAGACGAUCUCCCGCUGGCUUUCAUGCGCCGUAUCCGUGAAGCGCGUCGUUCGCGCCAUCGAGAAGCGCCCGAAGCUGCUCUUCUUGAUCCGGCUGGCUCCGUACCCAUACAACGUCAUGAACUGCCUUCUCGCUGCUUCCCCGACGCUCACGCUGCGGACAUACGCGGUGUGCACCGCGCUUUCCCUCUUCAAGGUCAUCAUCCACACCGCACUUGGGAACUCUAUCCACUCCUUCGCGGCGUAUCACGUCAAGCCGCGUCCAGAGGCCGCGGAGCAGGACGAGAGCGCGCUCGCGCACUACUCGACCAUCGGCGGAAUCGUUCUUUGCGUCGGCAUCUUCAUCUACCUGUCUUAUGUGGCACGCCGCGCGGUCGACGAGGAGCUGGAGGACGAAACGCUACCGGCACACACGGACGAGGAGGCGCGUGCCUUUUUGCCUCGUGACGUCGACUCGCUCUCUUUGCACGGACACAUGUCAGAAACACCAUUCCGCGCGGCGACGCCGUCGACCGUGUCCGCCACUGGAGGGUCAACGUUAUGGAGCACGUCGCGCACCGACACUGGCACAGGGCGGGAGUGGGGGGGCCGAGAAGAGGCGGAGAUUGGACUCUAUUAA